UAUCCCCCAAAUGUCAGGACAGUACAAUAUUAUGUCAGAAAAUUCAGAAAAGUACAGAUAUCCCCCAAAUUGUCAGGACCAGUAAGAUAUCCCCCAAAUGUAUCAGGACAGUACAGAUAUCCCAAAAUGUCAGAACAAAUAAAAAUAUCCCCCAAAUGUCAAACAAUACAAUAUCCCCCCCAAAAUUCAGGACAUAAAUAAAAAUCUCCCCAAAUGUCAGGACAGUACAGAUAUCCCCCAAAUGUCAAGAACAGUACAGAUAUCCCCCAAAAUAAAAAGAAUAAAAAAUAUCCCCCAAAUAUAGGAUAGUUCAAUUCCCCAAAUGUCAAUAAAACAGUAAUAGAUAUACCCCAAA